AAAUUUUUAUGAAGAUUCUAUUGUGCACAUCGUAAGCCUCCGCAAAUUGUAAUAAAUUUACACGUUUUGCAAAGUACAAUAUAAUUUUUACAAAAUAUGAGCUCUGCCAAAAUGCUUAACUUGUCGAGAGUCGUUGUUCGCAAUCUUACCACAACCUCUGCACGUCGUACUGCAGCCAAAAACGAGAUUGAUAAAGGCUACUUCGAACUGAAGAAGGUGCAAGAGCACUUCCAAAAGCAUGAUGGCAAGCCAGUGUUCCUCAAGGGAUCUUUUGCUGAUCAACUUCUGUAUCGUCUUACCGUCGCUUUGAGUUUGGCCGGUAUUGGUGGUAUGGUUAAAUUGUUCUACGACUUGAGCGUCCCGAAAAGCCAAGAUUAAAUGCAUGACAAGAGCUACGUAGCAAAACUCUUGUAAUUAAUGUUUUAAAUUAAGCUCCUAAAGUAGAAAAAUACACGACUAAUCUUGAUGUAAUUGUAUGUUUCCUUGUUUUGUGUG